AUGGGGAUUGUACAAAGAAUUUAUAGAUCAACAGCUACACAAGCUCAUAUCAUUGGGUUUAUAUGUUUUACUCAACCAGGUCUAUGGACAUCAAUUAUGAAUACAGGUGCUGGUGGGUUACAAACCGUUACAACAUCAAAUGUUGCCAAUACACUUUUAUUUGCAAUUAUGUUUGUCCUCUCUCCUUUGUAUGCAAUACUGGUCAAUAAAAUUGGGAUUAAACCAGUUGUUAUAAUAGGUACGAUUGGUUAUGUAUUUUGGAGUGCUGGAUUAUAUCAAAAUUCAAAAGAUGGUACACAAUGGUUAGUUUUAUUUGGUGCUGCAACUUGUGGUAUUAGUGCUGCUGCUUUAUGGACCGGUGAGGCUACUGUGGCUAUUUUAUAUCCAGAAGAUGGCCAAAGAGGUAGAUUUAUUGGGACUUGGCAAUUAUGGAAUAAAUUCGGUGGUAUAAUUAGUGGGUCUAUCACUUUAGCUAUGAACUACAAGACCCAGAAAUCUGGUGGUAUUUCAUUAAAUACUUAUAUUGUCUUGAUCGCUAUUCAAUGCUUAGGGUUUCCUGCUUCAUUUCUAUUAUCACCACCUGAGAAAUUGAUUAGAAAAGAUGGUAAAGAAUUGAAAAGUAAUGUUACUAAAGAUGAAUCAUGGAAACAAAGAUUUAUUAAUCUGAAAAAUGUUUUCCUGAAAAAGGAAGUAUUAUUUUUAUUACCUUUAUUCAUGUCAAAUGUUUGGUUUUUAACUUGGCAAUCAAAUUAUGUUACCCAUCAUUUCACCGUGAGAGUUAGAGCUCUAAAUUCUCUAUUAACUGCAAUUAUUAAUGGUGCAACAGAUGUUAUAGCUGGUUAUUUAUUUGAUGUCAAGAUGAAGAAAUCAUUAAAAGUCAAAAUCUCAUGGUUAAUAACCGUUGUAUUGAUGGUCUCCUUUUUCAUUUACAGCUUAAUCAUUCAACAUGAAUUUGAUGUUACACCUGAAAGUGGUAUUGACUGGACAGGUAAUCCAAGAUAUUAUAGAUCUUAUGUCCCUUUUCAAAUUUUCAAAAUAUCUGGUGAGUUGGUAUUUAAUUGGGUUUAUUGGGUUAUAGGAGCUUAUCAUUUCCAUCAUUCUGAAAUUGCUUAUGUCUCUGGAUUGAUUAGAUCUUUUGAAAGUUUGGGUCAAUGCUUUUCUUUCCUUAUUGGUGCUGUUAAUGAUAGUGAUAUGGUUAAUCUUGCGGUUGCAGCUGGUGCAUUCUUUUUAUCUAUUCCAUCAGUAACAUAUCUAGCUUUUCAAUCUGAUGAUGUUGAAGUGUCACAAAAACUGGAUUUCGAAGAUGAUCAAGAAGGUGAUGACUCUAAAGAUGAAGAAGAUCGUGGAUUUAGUGGAUCCGUAGAUAAAAAAGAUGAUGUUAUUGAGCACGUUAGAUCAAGAAGGUCAAGUUUAUCAGGUUAA